UAGGACAUCCUGGAAAGAAAUGUUGUAGAUCUUUGCCCCAAGUUCAAUGUCAGAUCGAAGUGUGUUUCAGAACCCUUGUUAAUUGAAAUCCACUGUUAGAAAAUGCACUGGAUCUAAAAAUCCUAUAAGAUCUUGCCCAAGUUCAAGUAGACUCACUAAUCUUCCUGUUAAUGGCAUAAAAUUUCCACUCUUGGAAAUGGUUUGGUUUGGCACUCUCCCCAGAUUGCCUCACUGUGGUGCCAUGUUUCCAAAGCUACCAAGCUAUGGGCAGGGCUGUAAUUUCAGUUUCCUCAUAUUCACAAAAGGUCAAGUUUUCUAAAGCUUAGUAGAUCAACUAGAAUUUGUGUUGAAAAGGCACAAAAACUGGGGACCAUGAGAGCUUUCUCCCCACCUCCAUUGCCCUAGGUGCUCAGCAGCACCCCGCUGCUCUCCUACAACAGCUGAAGAUUGUGAUGCAUACAAGUGGUCCAAGCCACUCAGUCCCAGACAGGAAUGUGGAGCUGUGCCAGUUGAUAUUUUGGGGGUCACAGGAAAAGAGAAGGUAGGCAGGAAGUGUUUCAUGGGCUAAAAUCAUGGGAUAUGCAAGGACACCCUGUGAACAUUCCAGAGCUCAGUGCUAGAAAAUGGCAUAUGAAGAACCAUUAGGCUGAUUUCCCCUGUGGUCAGAGGUUGGCUGCAUUUUUAUCCUCCCUCCUGCCUGAACACUCCCGACACUGGAAUUUCUUCAGAUGGCUACUGUGUGUGGUUUUCAACCAGGACAAACAGAAAAAGGGGGGGAGGGGGAAGAGAGAGAGAGGGAGAGAGAGAGAGAGAUUUGUUUUCCUGUCUGUUUUUGCUGAAUGGAAUCUCUGAUUCUACUUACUGGUCCUGCCUUGGACCCCCUGGGGCUGAUUAGGACUGUAAACUCUGAGCACACGGAACUCCUAGCUUUACUAACUUCUCUUCCAUACCCUGAGCCUGAGUACAUCCUUCAUCCUUCUCCUCACCCCCAGCGUCCCUUCCAUCUACAGGGAAUUCUGCAGCCAAUUCCCAGCUAAGAUUCCACCCACAAAUUGCUAUUUCAGCUGAACUUGACCAAACUUGAGCACCCUUACGAAAUAUUUUGGGCUUUCUCACAAUCUAGUUACUUUCUCAUCUGCAGGCCUUUCUGGUAUAAUUUUGAGGUGGUGAAAAAAAUCUCCCCUCAUUUUAAGGGACAUAUAGUAAGCUCGGCCCCCUAAGGGCUGUUGCAGAAAUCUGGAGUUCUGCCCUAUUUAUAACUAAUUCCAGCCUUCCAGGAGUUUUGGUAUAGGAUUUAGGAUUUCUCAAAACCUUUCUGCUUUGGUGUUUCGUUUUUCACCUUCUUUUCCCCCUAGCCCCUAACUGAACAUGGGGUGAGGAGCAGGAGAAGGGAUUGUGGAUCACUGUGAUUAAAAAACAAAACACACGGACAACCCAAGGAGAGUCUUGGCACUUUCCGUUUCUAAUCCCAGGGAGCAGGAGGUAGAAGCAACUCUCAGAGUAGAGUCACUGAUUGCCUAGUAAGUGUAAGAAGCUAUAUAAGUUCUGAGGGCGCACACGACAGACCUGAUUUCCUGCCCUCCAGCGGUUAAUAAUCCAAUGAAGGGGAUAAUUCGAGCUCCAUACACACGUAUCUACAACAGGAGUCAUGUGAUAAUGAUUAUCAUAUCAACCAUUUAUUCAUUGCCUUACCCUUUGCUUCUAUGCUAAUAAUGUUUUAGCAGGUGUUAUCACAUAUCACAGCUCGUGUAUAGAGGAGGUCAGAAAGGGACGAGUUCCUACCCUGCUCCUUAGCGCCUUCCGAUCUCUGCCCAGGCUGUGCUCCACCCUGAAAUGCUCCCUCCCUCAUCCACUCAUCAACUAAAGACCUGGGAGCCCCAACCUCAGGAGGAGCCAGCCCAUCAACCUGAACCACUAUGCCACCAAGAAGAGCGUGGCCGAGAGCAUGCUGGAUGUGGCCCUCUUUAUGUCCAAUGCCAUGCGGCUGAAAGCAGUGCUGGAGCAGGGGCCGUCCUCCCAUUACUACACCACCCUCGUCACCCUCAUCAGCAUCUCUCUGCUUCUACAGGUGGUCAUUGGAAUCCUGCUCGUGGUCAUUGCACAGCUGAACCUCAAUGAGGUAGAAAAGCAAUGGCAGCUCAACCAACUCAACAACACUGCCACCACCCUGGUCUUCAUCACUGUCGUUGUCAACGUCUUCAUCACGGCCUUUGGGGCACACAAGACAGGCUUCCUGGCUGCCAGGACCUCAAGGAAUCUGCUCUGA